UAAUAUUUUAAUUUUAUGUUAUGAUAAAUUCAUUCCUCGCAAGUUGUAAUAAUGCAUCAACAUACCAUUUUGUUUAUUUUUGUAUAAAUAAAUUGUAACCCCUCUACUCUUCUUCUUACCUCCAUUUUCUUGUCACUCAAUAGUGUGACUCAGUUCUGUUCCUAAAUCCUAAGUGGGCUUUGCUUUUUCAUGCCUCAGUCGUUUCUUAUUAUUUUAAUUCGAUUUGAUUUGAUUAACGUUUGUAUUCUUGUCAAUAUUGAUUGGCGCUUCUAGAAAGUUGGGAAAAUUCAAUAUUUUUCGUUUUCUUGAUCUGGGUUUCGAUUUGAGAAAGCCAAGUGUCUUUCUUCUAUUUUACUUUUGGAAACUAAACCCACAAAACUGGGUACUCGAAUCUAGUUACUGUGUGUAGCUGUUCUUCUUCACAGUGAAAUGGGAUCCUCUGCAAUGUCUAUUGAUGAGGUUGUGGAAGUGUUGAUGAAACUUAACAAAUCUCUACCAAUAAGGCCAGGGAUUGAUGAAGUUGAAGCAGCAAAAGUUUUAAUCAUGAACGUGGAGAAGGAGGAACAAAUGAAGUUAGAGACAAUUGCGCGGCAAAACAAACGAAAAGAUGUACCAGAAGAGUUAUUCAAAAUAUUUCAAGAGAUGCAGAGGAAUUUAGUAUAUUUUCAGAGUAAAGAACAGAGGAGAGAGGCAUUAAAACUGUUAGAUCUCGAAAAUGUUCAUUACCUGUUCGAUGAAUUGAUUCAAAGAGCUUCCAAAUGUUUGUCAUCCAAUCCUCAAGCUAAUACAUCUUCAGUUUCUUCAAGGAAUUCCAGUACUUUGUCUUUGGCAAAUUCAUCCUCCUUCUCCGGUAGCGGUUUAAAUUCUCCGGCAACUACAACGACGAGCUUUUACAGUGAGAAAGAGCCUGUUAAAGUGACUGAACUAGUUGCGAGAGAUGAUAGUUACUUGAAGAAGGCGACAACCACUUUUCAAAUGGAUGGAAUCAGUACUGUUGGGCUUCGAUCUGGGAACGCUUCUUCUGCCCCCCAGAUUGUCGAUACCACUUUGAAGCCUAGUACUGGUCGAGAUGGUGAAAAAAUGAGCUUGAUAAAGCUUGCUAGUUUGAUAGAAGUUUCAGCUAAAAAAGAAACCAAGGAGCUAAUUCUUCGAAGAAAACUGUCAGAUCAGUUAGAAUGGAUUCCAGAUUCUCUUGGGAAGCUAUCAAAUUUGGUGACUUUGGAUUUAUCUGAAAAUCGAAUAGCUGUGCUGCCAACUACCAUCUGGGGUCUUUCAUCAUUGCAAAAGCUAGAUUUGCAUGGAAAUAGAAUUCUUGAACUUCCUGAUUCAGUAGGAGAUCUGCUUAACUUGGUCUAUCUUGAUCUAAAAGGAAAUAACCUGAAGACAUUGCCUUUGACUUUAGCGAGGUUAACUCACCUCGAGGAAGUCGAUUUGAGCUCUAACAUGCUAUCUGUGCUUCCCGAGACAGUGGGAUCCCUUGUCAGUCUCAGAAAACUGGUCGUUGAGACUAAUGACCUAGAGGAACUUCCUCAUACUAUUGGUCAAUGUACUUCGCUCAAAGAGCUUCGUGUUGACUAUAACCGUCUUAAAGCCCUUCCUGAAGCCUUGGGACGAAUGGGUUCUUUGGAGAUUCUAUCCGUGCGAUACAAUAACGUCAGGCAAUUGCCUACAACUAUGGCAUCCUUAACUAGUUUGAAAGAGCUCAAUGUUAGUUUCAAUGAGCUUGAGUCAGUGCCCGAGAGCUUGUGCUUUGCCACUACACUCGUGAAGCUGAACAUUAGCAACAACUUUGCGGACCUACAAUCACUCCCUAGGUCCAUAGGAAACCUUGAGAUGCUUGAGGAGCUGGAUAUGAGUAACAACCAGAUACGAAUUCUUCCAGAUUCAUUUAGGAUGCUUUCGCGUUUGCGUGUACUAAAGACAGAAGGAAAUCCUCUUGAAGUGCCACCAGGAAACGUUGUUGAGAUGGGAGCACAGGCUGUUGUGCAGCAUAUGGCUGAUCUUGUUGAAAAGAGGGAUGCGAAGCUACAGCCAGUUAAACAGAAGAAAUCAUGGGCUCAGAUAUGCUUCUUUUCAAGAUCCAACAAACGUAAGCGCAAUGGUGUAGACUAUGUCGUCCAAGCGUAAAAAACUUUAAGAUCCUAUAUUUAUCUGGUACCUCCUGGCCAUGAUGCAUGAUCCGCUAGUAAUCCAUGUGUACAGGGAGCAGAACUUAGUUGCCGAUCUACUCGCCCAUUUUAGUACAGAACUAAGAGGCAAUGGCAUUCGAAUUUUGAGCAACCUCCUAUUUUUGUUAAAGAUCUCGUCAAAGAAGAUCAAGAGGAUGCAUUACAACUACGAGCCAUUAACCAAGCUACAAUGUCAAGCAAUGGAACAUCUUCUUUUCUUUGUACUCCUAAGUCUUGUAAAAGCUUAACAAAAGCUGGUAAUAGUAGUAGUGGUACUAACAGUAGGUUAAAUAGUACUCCCGACAGUAAUCGUAAAACUAUAUUGUUCAAUGUCGGCACAUCUUUUGGCUCUCCUGUAUAAGUUACUUAAAUUAAUAUAAUAUUAU